GUAUGAAAGUUCCUAAUUCGGCUAACAGUGUCUGUGUACCCACUAGUAACAGUGAAAAGUCAGUGCUUGAGGCAAUUGCUUCUUUUCGCGAGGAGUUUAACGAGCGCAGUGACUCGUCAGAACUCGCUCUUAAAAAAAUGCAAGAGGACAUUGCAAGUGUUGUCAAAGACUUAGGAUCACUCAAGUCACAGUUUGAGGGUGUGAGAAAAGAGUGUGAGCAAAAUACUUCGCAAGUAAAAUACCUUAGAACUGAAAACGAACGUUUAAAUACUCAACUUAAUUUGUUAAAGUGUGAGGUGUCAGACCUACAACAGCAAACCAGGAAAAAUAACAUUAUUAUUGCUGGUGUGCCGAGAUCGCGAGGUGAGAAUAUUUUUCAAAUACUUGGGGAACUUGCUAGACUCUUACAAGUGAACUUUAACAGUUACGAUGUGUCUGCCGCCCAUCGUUUACCAUCUAAGAUGAGAGAUAAUCGUCCACCGUCAAUCGUAGUUAAUUUUGUUUCAAGACAGACAAAAACCCAGUGGAUUCACGCAAGGCGAGUGAGGAAAGUAAUGUCUGCCCAAGAACUGCAUCCUUCUUUUCCGAAUAUACAAAUCUACAUCAACGACCAUCUCACUGAGAAUAACAAUGCUAUUUACUUUGAGGCGAGGCGUCAAGUGAAGAGCGGCAAACUGGCGGCUGCAUGGGUCGCCGACGGACGAGUGCUGAUCAAGCGGACGCCGACCACGAACCCACAACGAGUAAAUCAUGUGGAGUUCUUUCAACAAUUUAUUGGACAAAAAUCAGCAACAAUUGAUGGCUGCCGAUACCGAGUCACACCCCGCUGCUCCCGAUGCGACAAGUGAUGAUGUAGCGGCUACACCAAACACGAAGGCGAUGGCUUCAGGAUCAGGCUCUUAAGUAUCGAAAUCGAUCAAACUGUGAGUUUUUAAUAAUUAUCUUCACCCACUGUGCAUAGGAGA